AUGAAAUUUUCCUCGACAAUUCUUAUUGCCUCCAUUCUUUAUGCCAGCAGCACAAUUGUGAGUGGAAACAUUGUCAUUUUGAACCCGUUCAAUGCAAUUACCUGGCAAAGUAAUUCCACGGAAACUGUCACCUGGAAAGAUGACGGAAAAGCACCAAAACUUGCGGACUGGGGAAAUAGUGUUAUCGUCCAAUUGAUGACCGGUAAUGAUCAACAAAUCGUUGCUGAUACCAUCGCGAAAAGUGUAAAACCUUCCGCACUUAAGGCCGAUUAUACGGUUAGAAAAGAUUUGGGACCAGCAGGACCUUAUUAUUAUAUCAAAAUUUCUUCAACCUCAAAUACUUCAAAUAUUGCAUACUCUGGUAAAUUCAACAUUCAAGGAAUCUCAGGUACUAUUAAAGGGUUCGAUCCUAAUGCCCCACAAUCAAACCCGGACAAUACAACAACGUCAACUGAUGGAACAUCAAAAAAUAAUUCUACCACCUCAUUUACCACUUCUUCCCCAUCAUCAACAUCAAGUCCAUCUGCCAAUAAACUCAACUCUACUUCCCACGCAUCCGGUGCAACAUCAAAUAAAGUUUACACUUUCACUGGAUUCGCUGUUGGUGUGCUAGGUUUUGCAUUAUCCUAUUUCUCAUAG